GCCUGGACUUGCGUCCGUCCAGCUCGAACCUCCAUCGCAUCGAGCCCUGUCCUGUUCCUCGACCGUAUCUGUAUCCUCUUUGUCUGCGUCGACUUUCGCUCUUCCUCCUCCUCGGCGCUGUUUCUGCUCUCUCAUCUCGCUGCUACCCACAAACCCCAGCCAGGACGACCCGUUGCUCUCGCCUCUCUGUGCCUCGUCUUGGUCGUCCUUUGCCUGUUUCCAAUGACCGGCUUUCAUAGCGUGUACGAUGACGCUUCCUCUGCAACCGGCUCCUUCACAUGGCUCUACCUCUUUCUGAGCGGCCUCUUGUGGCUCAUUGUCUCCCACUUUCGCUCCGAAAUCACCUCGCUCAAGGCCAAGUCGCAGCAGCUCGCCGGCAAGGUCACCAAGCUCGAGACCGCACUCGACACUCUCGGCAACCAAGCCGGGCCUGCCUCCACCGAUCUCGUGGCAACCCAAAUCGCCGACCUGAUCCGCGCUGACCACUCGCUCGACCCCCAAAGCGUGGACGAGCUCCAGCGCCGGCUCCAGAACCUCGAGUCCAAGGUCUCGCGCAUUGGCUCGGUCGAAGCCGCCAUCAAGGGCCUCUGCGACCGCAUUGGUUCGGUCGAGGCUGCUCAGCUCAAGGCCGCCGCUGCUCAGCUCCAGCUGCUUGGGCAGAUCUCCCAGUUUGAGGAGGCUGCCGCCGAUAUGGAUCUCGACCGCACGGCCUUCCAAGCCCACCUCAGCCAGCUCACUCUCAAGUUGGAUCUCGUCGACGGCAGCAUCCACCAGCUCGACGACCAGGUCAGUGCUCUCGAGUCCGGCCAAAUGACGGGCUCGGGUGCCCUCGUCCUCGCUGGCGAAAGUGGCAAGCAGGCCCUCGUCCAGGCCGUCGCCUCGCAUAUCGCCGAUCCGGCAAGCCCUUGGCAGAAGCAGGCCGCCCAGUUCGAGGCCCGCUGCAGCAUCUUGGACUCUCGAGUUGCUGCCAUGGAAACGGCCCUCAAGUCUCUCGGCCCACAGCCCUCAGCGACAGACUUGACUGUCCGGUCCAUCCUCAAGCCCGAGACCUUGCUUUCCGGCAACCUGACGCAGAACGUCGGCACCGACCUGAUCAUGGGGUUCCUUGGAGCACUCGCCCGCAAACCAGCCCAAAGCGAUAUCGCAAAGCCAUCGACCUCCGCAACGCCUUCUCGCGCACCGAUCAAGCACCAAGAGCCGGCCGAGACAUUCGUCGUCCCCGCCACAAGCCAGCCCAGUCUGAGCCCAGCCGCCAUCCUCCCAGUCGUGGCCGAGGACAGGGCUCCUGUCUUGGCUGCCACCCCGAGCGACCCUGUCGAGCAGUCAAAUGCGGCCACAUUGCCACCCCAACAAGCGCAAGAUUUGGCUCCGGUCGUUGCUGACACACACGCAGAAGCACCUGAUUCUGCAGAUAAUGCUUCUUUGCCUCAAGAAGCAUCUGUCCCAGUCCUGUCUCUCGAAGCCGAACCCAACGGUAAUCACGCUGCCGAGUCACAGCCUCCCACAGACAUUGAGGACCAAGACGCGCCCGCCGACGACGAGUUGCAAGUCGAUAUGGCCUUUGACGAGAGCCAGCUCGAGCUGGAAUCUCAGUCCGUCGACGGCACCGAGGCACCAGCCGGCAGCGACUGUCCCGAGCCCGACUGCUCCUUCUCCGAUCUCUCGGUUGAUCUGUCGGUGCUCGGUGAAGGCCGCGUCGAAGACGAAGCCAUUGAGCUCGCGCCGGUGGACGACCGCAUUCGCCGCGGGUCCGGUCUCUUUGUCGAAUCGGACUCUGUUGCGGCAGUCGGGGAUAUGGAGACGAAUGAGAUUCGCGCUGACGAGCUGAGCCAGCUUGGCGGACCGGAGCAGCACCGGCAAGAGAGCCAGCGCCAUCAGGAUCGCUGGGAUCAGAUCGACGAGGACGACCAGAGUGACGUGCCCCAGGAGGAGCCGGUCGACCCUGAAUCCCUCGCCAUCAUCCUGGAGAAGGCAAAGUGCGCCAGCCUGGAGGAUCUCUCUCAAAAGACGAGUAUCAGCCUCGCCCGUUGCAAGACCCUCAGGUCCAUCAGCGUGCUCAGCCGGUGCCACAAUCUCCGCUCGAUCAAUCUCACUGGCUGUGAGUCGCUCCGAUCGAUCGAGGCACUUCGUCCCUGCACGCAACUCAGCGAUGUUGAUCUAUCGGACUGCAAGGCACUCUGCUCCGUCGAGCCGCUCAAGUCCCUGACAGGGCUCAGCUCCAUUGCUCUGUAUGGUCUAUCCUCGCACCAGAUUCCCGACCUCGAUUCGACGCUGCACCAUCUCGUCCGCUCCAACGACAACCUCAGUGAGUUCAAGUACCUCGGAGCCACCUUCGACGUCAACGGCCUCCAGAUGGACCGACAGAUCCAGAGGAUGACGGCGACAGCCCAAGUAGUGGCCCAACGGAUCGCAAAGCAAGGAUACACCCUCGGCAACAUGACCGCCAGAUCGCUGGUGCGGGUCUACAAGACCUUUGUCCGACCGACGAUGGAGUAUGCUCUGUCCCUCGAUCUGCUCGAAGCCAAACAAGCCAAGACACUCAACCGAACCCAGAUGCACUGCCUCACGGCGCUGUUCAAAGUGGUCCGAAGCACAUCGUGGGGAGCCAUCAGGGAAGGAGGCAUGUAG